AAGAUGCGAUCAGUUGUUAUAGCGACGACCAGCUGAGCAGAUCGAACGUCCCAAGUGCAAAAAAAAAGUAACAUGAGACCAUACCAAGCAGUUGUAGUUCUAGUGGCCGCUCUGCUGCUGUUGGAGGCGGCUCCCAUUGAGGCGAAGCGACGCAAGCACAAGGGUUCUGACCAUCACCAUCACGACAAGUCAGACUCCCAGAAGACCAAGACCAAGACAAAGUGGUCCAGCUCCACGGACCUGGCCGGCAACACUCAGGUGUCCACCGAGGAGCAUGGCUACUACGUGAAGCGCACCUACGCCCCCCAGGCUGAUGCCCAGAGCAGCAGGCGCAUGAGUCCGCCCUUCCUGGCCAUACCCAUUGCCUGGUUCAGCUGCGAGCAGGGCCAAAAGGAUUGCCAGGCCACCAACUCAGCGGCCAUCAACAGCGCAGCUCAGUCCCUCAACGAGGGUUACCUCUGCGACGACGAUUGCGUGGAUCUCUAUGAGCCCGUGUGCGGCAGGACACCCAAUGAGGUGGCCGUCUUCUAUAACCAGUGCAAGCUGAAUGUGGCCAAGUGCCGCUCCCACGGCCUCUGGUCCGAAUUGGCCUAUGCCGAGUGCCAGCAGACAUAUCCCAAGGAGACUGCCUGCGCCGACAAGAAGUUCAGAAGUUCCCCCUACUUCCGUGACAGUGCCACCGUUGAGAAGCUGAACCAGGAGAAGGAGCAGCAGCAGGAGCAGGAGCAGGAAGACAAAAAGAAGCAGGAGAAGGACAGCAGUGAGAGCAGCGAAGAGAAGGAGGACAAGAAGCCCCUUGCUCUGACCCUGCCCCAGAAACCAGUUGAAGACGUGGCUUCCAUUCUUGCACCUGUCCCCGUGAAGACUCCCGAAGAGAUUGCCAUGCCACCCAUGCCCAUGAAGGACACUCAAUCCCCAAAGCCCUUGGUGAUCGCCAUGGCUGAGGCCGCUCCUGUGACCGAGCAGACCCCACCCAAGGUCGACAACGAUAGGCUCCAGUAUACGGUAGCCUAAAAUUAAGAAUCUCAUUUAUGCAAUUAAUAUUUAUUUUAA